AAUAUUUAUAUUUAAUGUAAUACGUCAUUUUAUUAACCAAAGCUGCUAUUUCACCCUGCCGUAAAGCUACGUGCCGUAUUACAGUCGUUGUUGUUGUGAGGAGCAACCCCUGUACUGGAAGAAGGAUGUGGAUAUUUCAAUGCAAUAUUUUGGCGUUUUUGUUACUUUUUGUGGGACAGUUCAACACAUUUGCUCUUCAGGAUGUAACGGCCGACCUUUUUGCUUCCGAAAAUUAUGGGACGUUGGCAGCGUUUGGAGAUUUUUACGCGGAUAAGCAGACAGACAUGUUCAUCAUCAGAGAGCAGUCUGAACUGGUCAUAUUCAUGGCUGACUCGAAAAUACCUUACUUCAAGCCCAAAGCUCACAUCACAAAGGACAUUUUCCGAAGGGACACCAUCAUCACCGGUGUGGUUCCUGGGGACUAUGAUGGAGACUCUCAGAUGGAUGUCCUCCUUACAACGCAGAUCCAGAACACCGAGCUGACAACUGUUUUCAUCUUCUGGGGGAACAACCAGACAUUAGAUAUGAGUGGGUGGCUCAGGCUGAACAAGACCUUUACAGAUCAACCUCUUGUUAUGGAUUUCAAUGGGGACAUGAUCCCAGACAUAUUUGGAACCACCAACGCUGACCUCACAGAAGUGUGCUACCUCACCAACAGGAUUCAAGUGUGGCGGAAUGGAGUGAAAUUAUCUGUCAACCUGCGCAGCCCUCACUCUAACUGCUUUCAUCGACCUCAACAAGGACUUCACCGCCGGCAGACCAUCCUCUGAAAUCUGCACACAAUUCCUAAAUGAAUCAUUGCAUAUCCAGCUUUGUGUGCCAUUGCCUUAUUAUAACUGAGACCUAAAUCCCUACCACCUUCUUUUAUUGUGUAGUUUAUUCCUCCAUUAUACAGUAGGCUUGCACUGUUUCCCUACAUGGAUCAAUAAGUGUUAUUAAUGUGAUACAAACAGUUGAAUUCCGGACGAGACGAGAAAUUAAAAUGGAAGAAAAAACCAUCGGUGCUGAAAAGGCAAAUCCUUCAGGGAGUCAGUCCCUUGAAAAGAGGCGUACUUCUGCAUAUGUAUGCCUUCGGCAUAAUAGGUAUUGAUUGUUAAGUUUCUGUAGUGGACGGUGUUGGAAAGCAACAAAGUACUUUUACUAACAUACAAUUUUGAGGUACUUCAACUUUACUUGAGUGUUUCUAUAAUUAAUGAAUAUAAAAUGAUGAGCUCAU